AUACCCAGUCUACAUAGAGUAGGAAACUACUUAGACUCACUGGGCUUUUUACCAGCACCUGCGGUUAGCGGUGCACACGCUGUAGCGGUUACUCCACACCUUUUCCCAUGCAGAGGAGAGGGAUUCUGCAGACAGCUGACAUUUGUAACGCAGGGAAACAUCAGCACUUUUAUACGCUCCAUCAUACUUUUAAUCAGCAACUUUCUUAAGUGCAGAAAGCAUUUUUUUUCCCUCUCUGGAUUUUUCUCUGUCCAGUCUGCUGGCCGAAGAUUUGCCUUCAUUACACAUUUUUACUCAACCCAGAACAUUUGACGAGAAUGGAACAGCUCUAAUGAGGUUAUAAUGGCCUGUACCUCUGAACCGUGAGUUUGUUGUAACGUGUUUUUUUUUCUCUCCGCCCGCUUUUACGCACAAAGAUGAGUUCGGAGAAGCCAAACUUUCUCUCUCAACCCGUGGUGAAGAACGUUUUCAUGUUUCGAAACGGCGAUCCAUACUACGAGGCUCGCCGGAUAGUGAUAAACCAAAAGAGGGUGUGCAACUUUGAAACCUUGCUAAGAGAGGUGACGGGCGGCAUACAAGCCCCUUUUGGAGCCGUGAGAAACAUUUACACACCGAGAGGAGGUCAUAAAGUUGACUGCUUGGACAGCCUGAGGAGCGGGGAGCAGUACGUCGCUGCUGGGAGGGAAAAAUUCAAAAAGCUAGAUUAUCUACAGAUUGGCUCCAGGAAGAAGAAAAUGAUGCAGACCCUUCCAAUGCAGAUUAAACCUUUUCCACCAAAUAGAAUCAUUGUGUCAGCUCGAUUCCUGAAACCCAUCAAGGAGCCAUGCACCAUAUUUGUGGUGGCAAAUGGUGAUAUAUUGAACUCCGCAGUGAGGCUGUUGGUCCACCAGAGGAUACUGGGCCAGUUUGACAAGAUACUAGAAAUGAUAACAGAGAAGAUGGGUUUAAGAGUCCUCGGGGGUGUUAGAAGUCUCUUUACCUAUGAAGGCCAACAGGUGACUGAGGGGAAUCAGCUAGAGAGCGGUCAGCUUUAUGUGGCUGUGGGAAGAGAAAGGUUUAAGAAGCUUCCUUACAGUGAUCUGCUCUUCACCAAACCCAGAGGGACGAGGCGAGUCAGAGGAAUGAAAUCUUAUUCUCUGCCACCCAUCUACAGGUUCUCAAAACAGAGUGAAAAUGGUAAGUCCAUGGUCCAGAGCAGUGACAGUGGAGAUGGAGAGUCUCCUAAGGCCUCGCCUCCAAGCCACAACAAGGAACGCCUGUCCUCCAUUGUAAGAGAGAUUUCUCAGGCCAGACUACUUUCCUUAAAGAAGAGGAAGAGUGGACAGAGCUUGACUCCUGGCGACAAUGAUGAACUGGAACAGAAGUUUGAUGAAGGAAAUGCUGAUUGCCAAACACUACAAGACAAUGGAGCUGAAGCGAAACUUGAUGCUACUGAUACAAAUGAAACAGAGGAGAAUGUUGAAAAGCCAGAAGAAAAAGAAGAGGUUGCCACUGAAAAUGGCAGAGAAGAAGGUGAUUUACCUAGCAAUGAAAACAAGAUGAAUAACCAGGAGACAAAUGGUGAAAAAGAGGGGGAAGGAGGAGGAAAAACAGAAAUCGAUGGACAAAAAGAUGGAAAAGGAGAAGACAUAGCAGAAAAUGAGAAGAAAGUGGAGGAGGUAAAAGAAGAGGAAAAGGAGGAGGAUCCAGAAAAGAAUAAGGAGGUGUUUAAUGGUGAAGAGCAUGGAUCUAGCAGUGAUAAGGCCUUGGACAGUAAGGAGAUUGAGGAUGGAAGCAAUACGUCUUCUCAAGGUGAAAGGGGGAAAAUUGUGGAAGACGAGAAGGAAGAUAAAGACCACAGUGAGGUGGAAAAAAGCACUACGGAUCACACUAAUGAUGUAGACACAGUGGAGGAACAGAAAAAGACGGGAAACGGCAACGAUCCAGAGACGACUCAGUCAGAUAACGAGACUAAAGAGAACGAUAGCAGUAGAAGUAGCCGAGGCAACAGUAAUCAAGAAGAGGACGAAACAAAAGAGGGCACUACCAAAGAGUCAGGUGAAGAAGAAGAGAGCAAGGUGAAUGCAGAGGUCAGUGGAGAAGAUAAUGAGGUAGAAGGUGAAGCAGAGCUCAACACAGAUGAGAAAAAAUGAACCAGCAAAGAUGCCGAGUGCACACACAGGGGAAGAUGGUGAUCAAGAGAGGCAAGACGAAAGUGAAAAAUUUAAAGAAUAGGAAAAAAAACACUAUUAAAAGUUCUUUGAUAAGCAAUACUGAAAAUAUGAAGUUACAAAAUCUAUUUAUAUAAUGAAAGUGACAGAUGAUUUUAUAGAAAACAAAGCAAGAUCAGAGCGCACUCUGAGAAUUUUUUUUCUCCUAUAUAAAAGCAGUUUUGCAAUGCUGAGCAUGUAACCUAAAUCUUUAAAUGGAAACAGAAUACACAUAUAAAAUCCAUAGUAAUAUAUUCUUAUUUUUGCAUUAAAAUUAUCUUAACUAAUAGGUUGCUUUAUUGUUUUGUUACACACUGUCUGUGAGCAUUGUUGUGAGUGAUGCAGAGAAAUGAAAAUAUAUUUAUCCUUUGAAAUUGAAUGCUUGAAUACAGAAUUCUGUUUAUUUUUCAAAAGAAUGAUUAUGCCUUUCAUAGCAACUCAUACAAAUGUAUUUAACGAGACAUAUAAUAUUGUUUGUUUUUGAAUGGUAAGCUAAUUUAUAAAAAAUUCAGACCUUCUUCCUAAAUGAGUGCUUCCAUCCGUAGGGCUAAAGUUGUCACUGAAUGAUUCGGUUAGCAUCAAAUUGAUGUGCAUCAUAUAAAUUCAACAUAACCAGAACACUCGUGCAAGAUUUUUGUCCAUUAUAUUUUUAGUCCCCUCUAACAUCAUGAUCAACACAUCACAUUAGUCAAUAUCUUUUAUAACAAUGAUGUUUCAUCCCUGUAAUGCAGUUCCAGAGACUUACAGAAUCAUUCCCAGUCUACAAGUGCAAGUGGAUGCCCAGAACCUUACUGUUACGCUUAAUGUUGAUUUCUGUCACUGAACCAUAUUUUCAAUGUCUAAUUUUUAAAGGCAGUUUCAUGUUAUAUUAUUUUGUAAUGUUGCUGCUAUGCCAAUGUCCAUCUGCUUCCAGAAAAAUUAAACUGAGGGAGAAAAGGCAGUCUUUUUGUCUUCUCUAGCUCUGAUACUUCAGUGAUGAAAUGUAUCAGUCAAUGGAAUUGUAAAAAUAAAAUCAUUUUAAAAAGGGAUGAUGAUGUAUGAUAUUAGAAAUUAAUUUUGCAGCAGGCAUAAAGCUUUUUUAAAAAGUUCACUGA